AUGGGUGAAAUCGGCACGAAUCUGCUCCGGCGGAGGAUAGCUGAACAAGCCCGCGAACAGAGCACGAUACGCAACGCAGCACUGGAGAACAAAUUUCGAAAGCUGCCCAAUCCAACGUCGCCCAGAAACGACAAACGGGUGCACAACCUGUCAUCAAAGGAGCUGACGAAGGAUCAGAUGCAGGUUUUACGGCACGAAGCUUCAUUUAACACGGCUGACGCCAAACCUGUUAACAUGAUUGCAGCAGUGGAAUCAAUCCUUUGUCAGACGGAGGCAACGGAGGAGACUAAGAACCUCAUCCGACACCAAGUGUCGUCUCUCCUGAUGGCCCACAGGCCGCGGGAAGUGCUUUCCAAGGUCGAACGUGAUGCGCUUAGAGAACUCAAGGCCGACAAAGACCUGGUCAUCGUGCCAGCGGACAAAGGACGCGCCACAGUUGUACUGGACAGGACAGACUACCUUCAAAAAGCCAAAGGUUUACUGGAGGACCGACAGUUCUAUGUCCCAUGUGCAACGAACCCUUUAAAGGCGCUGACACGCGAAAUUAAUGCUACGUUGUUGGCCUUGGAGAACUCAGGUGCAAUAACACCGACCGACAGACGCAUGGCGAGACCCCAAGAUACGGCUUUGGCCCGAUUCUAUGGCCUCCCUAAGGUGCACAAAGACGGUGCUCCUCUCCGACCCAUCGUGUCGCUCAAAGGGACUCCAACGUACGGACUGGCUAAGUGGCUGUUCUGGCGUCUCAAUUUCCUGACCGCAGAGUCAGACACCACGGUCUCUUCGUCGGCACAAUUCCUGGAGAAACUCAAAGGGGUAAGCAUCCAUCCAAAUGAGGUCAUGGUAUCUUUUGAUGUUACAUCCCUUUUUAGUUCUAUUCCUCAGGACCUGGCGAUCGAGACAAUUGAACUGCUACUACAAAGCAAAUACGAUGAAACGGAGAACCGUCUUGGACACGCCCAAAUCCUUCAGCUCCUGAAGCUCUGUCUCAGGACGUACUUCACGUUCGACGGGACAAUCUACGAACAGGUGAAGGGAACACCAAUGGGUUCGCCGAUUUCGGGAUUCAUCGCCGAGGCGGUCCUGCAACGGUUAGAGUCGCUGGUCUUCCAACACCGAAGACCGAAAUUCUGGGCCCGGUAUGUGGAUGAUACCUUCGUCGUCAUCGAACGGGAUCAGGUGUUGACAUUCCAAGAACAUCUCAACGCCGUCUUCCCGGACAUUCAAUUUACGAUGGAGGAGGAAGAGAACAACCAGCUAGCCUUCCUGGAUGUCCUCGUAUGCCGCAAGGAUUGUGGUGGACUAAAGACCAAAGUGUUCAGGAAAGCGACAAAUACGAUGCAAGUACUGAACUUCAACAGUAACCACCCAAUCAGCCACAAACGCAGUUGUGUAAGGACGCUCUAUCGGCGUGUCGAAACGCACCGCAGUGAGCCGGAAGACAAAAUUGCUGAACUACAAUACCUCCGACGGGUCUUCAAAGCCAAUGGCUACCCGCGCAACUUCGUCGACCGGUGCAUACGCAAAAGGGACGAAAGGCCUAACCGCACGGACACCAAAUCUUGGCGGACACUUCCGUAUGUCAAGAACGUUUCGGAAGCUGUCGGCCGCCUUCUCGCACCACUUGGGGUUGGGGUGGCACACAGACCGGACGCAACCAUCAGGCGUCUGAUCAUGAAACCGAAAGACCCACUGCCACGGCUAGAAACGUCUGGAGUCGUUUAUCGGAUCUGGUGCAGUUGCGGACAAAGCAACUACGUCGGAGAAACCGGAAGACAGCUCCGAACGAGAAUGGCCGAACACGCGGCAGCGGUGCGCAGAAAUGACGCCAGCUCUCAAGUUGUAGCUCAUUCGACGAGAUCCGGCCACACAUUUAAAUUCGAUGAGGCCGAAAUUCUCGCAAGAGGUGACAAACGCGUGAGCCGGGAGCUACUGGAAUCAUGGUUUACUGGCCCCCAGUCCAUCAACAAGUGCAACGAUCUUCCCAUUCAAUACAGCGUGCUGAGACUUCGUCUAGGCGGAGUAAUUGGCCACGCGGGGAGCGCACUGGUGAACACUCUUCCCAACACCCGGGUCAACGCGUCAGAUGGUCGAGCAAUCAUCACGCCAACAUCCAACACACGUGAUGAAAUUGCAGCAAUUAUCGACUCGAAUGUCGGCCAUCAAGCAAUAAUCACAUCAAGUGUGACAAUCCCGGAUGAAGGGGGGAGCCGUGAACGUUCAUAG